AUGUUUCUCACGAUGAAAGCGAUGAAGUGGGCUUACCCUAUAUGUCCGAGGAUCACCACUAUUGGAAAAACCGGGUGUGACAUUAUUAUUGACAGCCCAACUGUUGAUCAACAACAUGCAGUUAUAGAGUAUGAUCCUUCGAAUGGUUUACUUACCUUACGUGAUCUAUCUUCCCGUAAAGGGACAUUUGUAAAUGAUCAAAGAGUUGAUGGAAUCGUUCGCUUAUUGGUUGGAGACAAACUGAGGUUCGGAUGCUGCUCAACAAUUUAUGAAAUAACAUCUCCAGGAAAAAACUCGCAUGAGUCUUUUACAGGUACACAACCAGAGAAUCUUGGUAAUCCAGAAAAGCGAUCAGCUACAAUCCCUCCAUGGGUGAAGGUGUGUGGCGAUUCAGAUUCAAGUCAAAUCAAUAUUCCAAGAAUCGUUCCAAGUGAUAAUAAAGCCUCUAACAUGUGUUCACAAGUUUUCGAAAAUAACUUUGAAGCACAUUUAUCCUCAAAGCAACCGGAGAGUCGUUCGGAUAAAAACGAUUCAAAAAUAUAUCCUCUCUAUUACGUCAAAGCAAAUACUUCAGACCCUUGCUCGACUAAUCCUGCUCCAAACUUAACCACAAAUGAUUCAACAGGAAAUGACUUCAGUUCAGAUCAAGAAGAGAAAUACAUCAAACAAUUACAAGAACAAAUUAAUCGUCUUGCUCCAUUAGAAGCCAUCACAACACAAAAAGAUAUCCUUAUUAAACAUUUACAAAAUCAAAUAUCACAAAUGAACCAAAUUAAUAGAUUAUUUCAUCAUUCCGGUAAUUGUACACCGAUACUUACACCUAGAAAUACAUCUUUAAUUGAUAAUCAUACUCAAACGGAUACUCUACAAUAUGUCAAUCUAUCAUCUAAUCAAAUUCUACAUUAUAUUCAACAAAACGGACAACAAACUGUACCCAUUAGAACACGACCUGGUUCAACACCUUCACAAAUGAAAUUAUCCUCAAAUGAUACUAUGUUAAAUAAUCAAGAUCAUAAAAUCAAUAAUGAUCAUUUAACCGAUGAACAAUUAUUAGAAAAAACCCGUAGAGAACGUCAAAUAUUAAGUGGACUUGUAACUCAAUUACAAAAAGAUUUAUCUAAUAAAGAUGUACAAAUGAAUAGAUUAAAUAAAGAAUUAAGUCAAUUGAAAAAUCAAUUAACCGAAAAAGAUACAACAAUAGAUGCAUUACAUUUAAAAUACAGUAAAUCUCAAGAUAAAAAACAAUACAAUUUGGAGAAGGAACAAUUUGAAAAAGAACUUGACAGUAUUCGUCAGAAAUAUAAAACUUCUGAAUUACAUAAUCAUUCAUUACAAGAUGAAUUAGAUAAAAUAAAAUUAGAUAAUCAUAAACUACUUCAAGAUGUUGAAAGUAAAUCAAGCAUAGAAACUAAAUUACGUAAUGAAUUAGAAGAAAUGCAAAUGAAAAUAAUUGAAUUAGAACGUUCUGUACGAAUUCAUCAACUUGAUAAACAUCAAGCUAUUAGUGAGUAUGAACGUUUACGUUCACGUAUAAUGCGUAUUGUAUUCUCUGUAAUAUCUGAUACUCAAUUCAAUACUAAAAAAACAUUAGAAAUUUCCAAUACUACUAAUACUACUACUGAUAAUAAUAAUAGUAGUAGUGACAAUAAAGAUAAUAAUUAUCCCACCGACAAUAACUUCCCGAUCAAUUCUGGAUCCAAUGUUCAACCUAAUGAAUUAUCAGAUCAAAAGGUCACAUCUAAAGAUGAUCUAGAUUCAAAUCAUAAUGAACAACUAUUAGAUCGUAUCCAAUAUUUAGUUGAUGAUUAUAAACAUUUAAAACAUCAAUUACAAAUGAAUAAUACAAUAGAAGAUCAAAUCAAACAAGAAAAUAAAAAAAUUGAAAAAGAAUUAGAUGGAUUCAUUCAUGUUUAUGUAGAAGCUCAACAAAACAUGAAAGAUACGCCCAGAUUUCGUUCAUCAUUACGUUUAAAACAAAAUAUUGAGUUAUUAGCUGCUUAUGUUCCAGCUAAUGAAAUUUUAAAGCGACUUCAACGUAUCCUAUUAGACGAUUUACAGGAUCAAGUGAAUACACAACAACGUCUUGAAGAUUGUGUGCAAGAGGCUGUUGGAACAAUACAAUCACAGAAUACUGAUAUUAUACAUAUAUUUAAUCGUCCAGAUGAUUUGAUCAGUACAAUAAGACAUUUGGCUGAAUUAACAUCAACAAUGAUACAACAGAAAAUGGAUUUAUUAAAACAAAUAAAAUUGAAUGAAAUAGAACAUCAUGAAGAAAUAAUUAAAACUAAAUCCCUAAUACAAAAUGAAUGGAAAAUGAUUAUGGAUGAUAAAAUAGCUAAAUUAAAUGAUGAAAAUGCAGAUAAAAUCCAAAAAGCUGUUGAAGAAGUUGCACGUGUGGAAAGUAUGAGACAAGAACAAUUAUUGUCUGUUAAAGCGACGAUUAUUGAAGAACUUGAAAAUAAACUACGUGAAACUCGUCAGAUUUUAGCUGAAAAGCAAAUCAUUCAUGAAUCAGAAUUAAAUGAGGCUAAAGAAGCAAAUGAACUUCUACCAAGAUUAAAACAAGAAAUUCAGUUAAAAGAUAAUCAACUAGAAGAAAUGAAAUCACAAUUAGAUCAACAAAAUCAAUCUAAUUCAAAGUUACAUGAAGAAAUUGAAAGACAAUGUGAAACUCAUUGGAAAUCUGAAUUGGAUAGUUAUAAAGAACAAGUACGACAACAUUCUAGAACAAUAUGUGUUAUGGAAGAACGUUUAAUUAAGCUAACAAAACAAUUAAAGGAUAGUAAGGGUGAAGUAAUCAAAUUGAAACGAAACAAUACAGAUUUACAAAAUGAAAAUAAACAAUUACAAACUCGUUUAACUGAAGCUAAUAAUCGUCUUCAAUCUUUACGAACAAAAACAUCAGCACGUCAUAAUGAUGAUACAAAUAAACAUUCUUCUGCAUAUUCAUCUAUUGAUGAUAAUACAAGUCCUAAAUUGGUUGAUAAUUUAAAACUUGAAAUAUCUCAAUUACAAAACAUUAUUAAAGAUCAAACAUCUACUAUUGAAGUAUUACGUUCUGAUUUAGAAGGUACACAAGCACAAUUAAGUGAUUUAAAAGGUGAAUUAACUGAAACACAAAAAGAAGAAAUUGAAAAUGCAUUAAAUUAUGGUAAAAAAACGAAUGAAGAAUUAUAUACUACUAAAAUACAAUUGAGUAGUUUGAAAGAUUCAUUAGAACAAAUGAAUGAAAGGUUACAGGGAAAAGAAGAACAAAUUAAAAAAUUACGAAUUACAAUUCAAGAAUUAACUAAUUCUAAACAUGAAUAUGAAUGUAAAAUCAAACAUCUGCAAGAUACAUUAAAUUAUGAAAGAGAAGAAUCCUCUCAACGCCAUCAUGACCAAUUCAAUACAUCAUCUAAACUUACCGAGGAACUGAUUCAUUUAGGCAAUCAAUGUAAAGGUGAAAGACAUUAUGAAAUUAUUGAUAAACAAAAAGAAGCAUUAAGUCAAUUAAGACAACGUUUACGUGAUCAGUAUAUGUAUAUAUUACCGAAAGGUAAUACAGAAAAUGAUGAAUUAAUUCUUCAAAUAACUAAACUUAAACGUGAAAAUGCUGAAUUACGUAGCAAGACACUACUUGCUGAAGUAGUACCAUCCAUUAAAGCAUUAACCAAUAAUUCUACACCUGCAUUAGAUCAUAUGAAGAAUGAUGGUGAUCAUGAUAGUGAUGAUCAUAUGACUGAUCAAAUCUUAUCAAAAAUGGAUCAUAUUGGUUUAAGAAAUGCAAUGGAUGCUUUAUAUACUUCAGAAGAAUGUUAUUUAAAUCUAGUCCGAUCAAUAUCAAGUCGUUUAGAUUUAGAUCGACUACCAGGUCAAAGAUCACUUAUUCAAGUACCAAAAAUAGAAAGGGAUACAGUUAGAAAAGAACGUCAAACUACAAUUGAAUUAUUAUCUCAUAGAAUUGAAAUAUUAAAAGAUCAAGUUCAACAUAAAGAAAAUUUACUUAAUGAAUAUGAACGUGAUAUGAGUCGAUUAAAACAAGCUGAAGCAUUGGCAGAUGCAAAAAGUGAACAAGUAGAUCAAUUCAUUAAUCAAUUACGCUCGAAAGAAACAGAAAUUCAAUUAUUACGACAAAGUUUAGAUAGAACACGUGAAGAUUUAUUGAAUGAACAACGUUCAGUAGCUGCAUUUAAAAAGUCCAGAAAUUCAACACCAACUUCUAAUGUUAGUUCAAUUAAGGUAGUUCCUCCACAGAAGAAACAACCCCGUCAAUCAUCCAAUGAACAAUCUGACAAGGAACAACGUCAAAGAAAAGUUACUCAAGAGAAAUUAAAACGUAAAGAUUAUGAAAUUGAUACAUUAAAAAAUCAAUUAGAAGAACGAAACAAGAAACUUCAAUUAUUAUCAGAUCAAAUGAUGAAAAUGAGAAUGCAAAUGGGGUUAGAAGAUAUUUGA